GAUUGCUUUAGAAACUCCUUCUUCUCUCCAGCCUCACACAUCUGCAAGGCUGCAACAUCCAAGUACAAUGUAUAGCAGGAUUCGCUUGGCUGCGAAGACGAGUUUCUUAGCGAGGCUCCUGUCUUCAAGCGCCUCCACGGAUACGUUGAAGAAGAUACUGAGAAAUAACUCUGUCCCCUCCCUGCUUCAACAACGCGUCGACUCGGGUCACCCCGUCACGUUAUCGGAGCUCCGGUUCAUCUCCAAUCGCCUAAUCAGAUCGAACCGUCACGAUCUCGCACUCCAGAUGAUGGAGUGGAUGGAGACUCGAAAAGACGUUAACUUUAGUGCCUACGACACUGCUCUUAAGCUGGAACUGAUCAUCAAAGCCCGUGGCUUGAAACAAGCCGAGGAAUAUUUCGAGCAGCUUCAAAGCUCUGUUUCAGCAGCUAGAUCAGCUUACCCCCCUCUCCUCCGUGGCUAUGUUAAAGGUAGGUUGGUUCAAGAAGCUGAAGCUCUCAUGGAGAAGCUGAAUGUAUUGGGGUUUCUUGUAACUCCGCACCCGUUCAACGAGAUGAUGAAGCUUUACGAAGCGACUCGUCAGUAUGAGAAAGUAGUGAUGGUGAUUCGGUUGAUGAAGAGGAACAAGAUACCGAGGAAUGUUCUUUCUUAUAAUCUCUGGAUGAACGCGUGCUGCGAAGCGUCAGGCGUUGGAGAUGUGGAGAGUGUUUAUGGGGAGAUGGUUGGGGACAAGAGUGUUGAAGUUGGGUGGAGCUCGUUGUGUACUCUAGGGAAUGUUUAUGUUAAGGCUGGUUUUGUUGAGAAGGCUAAGUUGGUGCUUGAGAGUGCAGAGAAGAAGUUGAAUAGGAGUAAUAGGCUUGGAUACUUCUUCCUCAUCACUAUGUAUGCUUCUUUGGGAAACAAGGAAGGAGUUGUUCGUUUGUGGGAAGGUUCCAAGUCUGUUUCCGGGAGGAUGACUUGUGCAAACUACAUAUGUGUGUUGUCCUCCUUGGUGAGACUUGGUGAUCUUACAGAGGCUGAGAGGGUGUUUGAGGAGUGGGAGGAGAAAUGCUGUAACUAUGAUGUUAGAGUCUCUAAUGUUCUUUUGGGUGCUUACACUCGUAAUGGACUGAUCCGCGAAGCCGAGUCCUUGCAUAACCGUGUGUUGGAGAGAGGAGGCAGUCCAAACUACAAGACUUGGGAGAUUUUGAUGGAGGGAUGGGUGAAAUGUCAAAGUAUGGAGAAAGCUAUUGAUGCUAUGCACCGAGCAUUCGAGCUAAUGAAGGGAUGUCACUGGAGACCGUCUCAAAGAAUCGUCAUGGCCAUUGCUGAGUACUUUGAGAAGGGGGAGAAAAUGGAGGAAGCAAACAUAUAUGUUAGAGAUUUGCAUCGUAUUGGUCUUGCAAGUUUGCCGUUGUAUAGAUUGUUACUUAGAAUGCAUGAACAUGUCCAGAGGCCAGCUUCUCACAUCUAUGAUAUGAUGAAGUCAGACAACAUUCAAAUGGCUGAGGGGAGUUUGAGAUAGAAUCAAAGAAUGUAACCUUGUAUGCAAAGUUUCAUACUUACUUUCAACAUGUCCAUUAUAAUGCAUUCAUGUCUACAAUUAAACAACAAAAAGAGUGAAGAUACUUCACACGGUAAAAACACUUACAUUCAAUACAUCAGUAGUAAAAAAAUGGACUCUUUAUAUAUGUAAUUGCAGCCUUCAUCCA